GAGAAUCCAGCCAAUACAGGCUUUGAGCUCAAGCCAGCUCUGUCAGACUGAUGAGCAAUAGAUCUCACCAGGAAAUCCAUAGCCGACGGCUCAUAGCAAUGUCCGAUCAGUUACAGACCACAGACUUAACACCGGUACAGCGCUCAACUCAGUCUCAGAUCUAGUAGAUGUCCUCAUCCCGUUGAUGGCAACAUGUCUGACAUUCAGCUGUCCAGACUCAAAUUCAUAUGAAUGCCGUUGGUUUGCUCAUCUCAAUAGCUUACUUCAUGUCCCUGGCACUCUCAUUGUACAUACCUGUCGACACUCCCACUGUCCCAGCAUCUACCACGCACUCAUCUACCUAUGCAGUUCCUUGCUCGCCAUCCCGUCCCUCCCGCCUUCACCCACAUCUUCUACCAUUCACAUCCUACAGUCACUGCCAUUUCGGUCACCACCAUAUGCCUAUAGCUCCCCCUGUUCUUGUCCUUGCGUCUGCAACGCUCACGCUGCUCACCUUCGACACCGGCUCGUCCAUGCACAGGAGCAACCAGCAGCCCCAUCUCUCAUCCGCGUACGCGUGUUCGUUUCGUUUGUCUUUGUCACGCCACGAUCUCACGCGCUGGUCCAUAGCAGCUCGCGACUGCUCGCGUCGGACACCACUAGCCACGCCUAAACAUCAGCAGCGAUGGUCACACAAAAUGCGGACCAGCUCUAUGUCCCUCCAUAGCAGGGCGCGCGCGCCGCUGCCCGGUUGUCGGGACGUCAGCCCCGACGACACAGCAUCUGCGCACCUCGCCCGGCUCGCUCACCCAUGGCGGUCUACGUUCACGGCCGGCACGACAGUGUGCCCGGUAACUGCUAACACCGAUCCUGCACCCACAUUGCCCGGCCCGUCGCGACUCGACGCCAUGCCUUCAGCCACGAACGGUCACCUACAGCGCGGACGGUCUGCUCACCGCACCUGCCGAUCCGCCCUCCGUUCCUCGCGCCGGUGCCGGUCCUCGCGCCUACUGCACGUCGCGGCCCGCAACGCGACGUUACUUCCGGUAGAUGUUGCGCCGUCACGACAGCUUCAACGGUUGCUGGCGGGGACUCGUCUCAUCCGCCAAGGACCCGCUGCCAAACCCUCCUGCUGGUCAAUGCCACGAGCAUGCGCCCGGUGGCCGCAAAGCCUCGCUCGCGCCCGUUCUGACGGGUUCCGCGAGAGUGCGUUCGAGGGCGAUCGACGACAGAGACAAAGCCCUGCUUCGUACUUGGUUCACGGUGCACGCGCGGCGGGUCCGCAUCCCAGCUCGACCUUCGCGGCUGCUGAUUGGCUCUCACCACGCGUCCUCCGCCUCGACACUCGUGCGCUCGACAAUCAUCCACGCCGACUAUCUAGUCGUGCGUGGCUGCCACCGAUACAUCCCUCCUGCGCCUGCGCCCACACACGACAUCUGCCCGCCGACUCGGCAGACGGUGUCCGUGCACUCGAGAGGUAGCUCUUCUGGGCGUCCUCUGCGAGGCCCGCCCCGGUCACCUGCACGCGAACUCCGGGGCGACACUCUGCGCGGUGGUAGGCAUUACCCGCCGGUCGAGACCGGACGCGCGCACGGGC